AUGGGCAUUCAAAGGGCUCUGCCUAAUAGUAUCUCUCAGAGAUACUCAGACCGAUUGUCUGAAAUAUUUUCAUCGGGCUCGCCUGAGGCGAGCAAUAUCUGCAGCCCGUCAAACUCAACUACUGGCUCUGUUGAUAUACACUCUGACGAUGAAGGCAAUGAUACCUCAAUGGAUGAAUGCAGUGAUGAAGAGGAUGCCCAUGAGCAACCCACUCUCGGAAGUGAAAGUGCAGUCGAGCAUGAACACCCAUAUGUUGAGCCUUCAAACCCUGAAUACCCCAGAGACUCGACGUCGACAAUGAUCGAGUGCAUGGCAGAAUUGGAUGUGCGAGUGCAGUCUGUUGAGGACUCCCUCGUGAGCCAGAAUCUAUGGAACAGCGAAAUGCACCAAAAGGUGGUACAACUCAUGGAUGUUAUGGAAACGGUGAGGAAAGAUAUGGCUGUGUUGAAGGAACAGGUUGAGAGGGUAAUGGCAGGGAUAUAG